UAUAAGCCUAAAAGCAGCCGUGCCUUCACUUCUCUUCCCCUUCGUUGUUUUCGUCUGUCUGCCUUCACAGGUCUCGCCAAAUCCUCCUGUACAGUUAUGAAGGGAGCAGUGCCAUUUGGUGACCAGGUAGAGAUAUCAUCAGGUGACUCAUCUUCCUCUAAUACAGAUGACUGUAAAACGGAAAGCAAAUGGAUGAAAAAUAGUAUCACCAUCGAUCAACCUGAUAGCGAAUAUGAUUCUGAAGAUUCAAUCGUAAGAAGAGCAAGAAUGUACCAAGAGUACAUGAAGGUGGUCCCAAUUCCCACACAGCGUGGUUUUGUUAUCCCUUUCACCUCAUGGGUUGGAUUGGCUGCAUCCAUGAAGGAGUUAUAUGCGCAACCCCUACACUAUCUUACCAAUGUCCACAUGAAGAAGUUGGAUCAAAUGAGGUUUGGUACUGAUGAUGAAGACGUUCCAUUAGAUACCAUCAUUGAACCUAGCAAAGCUGAAGCAACCAUCUGGCUUAUUGAAGAAGUUCACAGGUCUACAUCGUCUCAUCAUUAUAUUGCUAGACUUUGGCUUGCUGAUCCAAUGUAUCAUGUCCAUGUUGAUGCAAUUUUCCCUAAGCUGCCGAAUUCAUCAAAAUAGAUUCUUUGUCGAUCUAUCUUCAUGGACUUGGUUUAGACUCAUGAGCCUUCUACUUGAGAAUCAAUCCCAUCUCUCCAUCACUCUUCCCCAAACAACCAUCUAUGUAAAAAAAAUUGCGCAUCAUAUGGAUGCUUUUUCUCCUCAUUUCACAUGAUGAUGCAGUGAACAUAUGGGCUAUAUAGUGAAAUUGUGUUUUUGCAUUA